UCCAUGGAAAAUCUCAAUAUUUCACGAACAUAAACAUAACCUAAAGUUAAUUCUUUCGUGUUAUAUUCAUUUGGUUUCACGUACACGUUUUUGGUAGUGUUUGGUGUCUUCUAACUAACUUUUAAAGGUUUAUUACCUAAAAUAACACAUUACAAUGACUAACUCGAAAGGUUAUCGGCACGGAACCCGGGAUUUGUUCUCCCGAAAAUUCCGUAGGCAUGGAGUUAUUCCAUUGUCGACAUACAUGAAAGUGUACAAAGUUGGUGACAUGGUUGAUAUAAAGGGAAAUGGUGCCGUUCAAAAAGGUAUGCCAUACAAAGUAUAUCAUGGAAAAACGGGUCGUGUAUUUAAUGUAUCUAAACACGCUCUUGGUGUAAUCGUUAAUAAACGUGUUCGUAACCGCAUUAUCCCCAAAAGAAUAAACAUCCGUAUUGAACAUGUUAACCCAUCUAAGUGCAGAGAUGACUUCCUUAAGCGUGUUAAAGUAAAUGAAACAAAAGUAGCAGAAGCUAAAAAAAAGGGCAUUCGAGUGUGUCUUAAACGUAAACCACAAGGACCCCGCCCUGGUCAUAUUGUUAGAGGUACCGAACCCAUUAGUUUAGCUCCUUUACCUUAUGAAUUUAUUGCUUAAACGAUGGUGUAAUAUGUUUUUUAAUAAAUGUAUGGUUAAAGACAAA